AUGAGCGUGGCGCCGCCGCACGAGCUCGUGCUGCAGGGCUACCUCCACAAGCAGGCAGGCGACGAGGUGACGUACUCGACCAAGUCGGGGCGCAAACCGCGGCUGCUGCUGUCUCUGGGAGACGUCCAAGUGGUCGACGACCAGAACCACGUGCGCCACCCGGGCAACUACGUGUUCGUGCUGCAGACGCCGUCGAGGAAGCUGUUCCUGAGCGCCACGACCGAACAGGAGCGGCGCUGUUGGGUGACAGAGCUGCGUGGGUUGCUGUCGGGAGGCUACGAUGGCGUCGACCGCACGAAGAAGGCACACAAACGAGCGUCGAAAGAGCGAAAGGCAGAGAGACGACGCCAACAGCUCCCAAAGCUGAAACGGACGUUCACGGAGACGUGGCUGGACGAGGUGUUCGUGCAGCCGAGUGGCAGCACGCGCGAGGACGUACCUCUUCUAGACGCGCUGUGCUUUGCUGGCAUCCCCAAGGAGCUGCGAGGGCGUGCGUGGGCGUGGAUACUCGGAAACACGUUGCAGGUCAACGAAGACUUAUUCAAUAUUUGCAAGGCUCGAGCUCAGGCUGUGCUGAUGGAGAUGUCGUUGAAGCGCGAUGUGGACCACUCGGUGUCUCCGGGAAGAAGCGUGUCGAGCGUAAGUAAAAUUAGCGACCGGAAAAGAGCAAGGCGGUCUUCUGCUGUGCUGCCAGUGCAAAAUAUGCUGCAGGAUGCUGUCGGUAUUGCAGAGAUGCUUGUUGCGCACGGCGAGCGGAGCAUCAAGCUCGUCAACGUUGACAUGCCACGCACAUUCGGUCACCACCCGCUGUUCCAGCCAGGAGCCGAGGGUACUGAGCGCACGACGGAGGUGCUGGAGGCGUACAUUUGCUACCGACCGGACUUGGGUUAUGUGCAGGGCAUGAGCUACCUCGCGGCUACGUUAUGCUUUCACAUGGACAGCUUCACUGCUUUCAAGGCGCUGGUCGCUCUGAUGAGCUCGAGUCUGCUCUUCGACAUGUUCCGUCUGGAAGCAACGCGAACAUUCCACUACAUCGAGGUGUACAACCAGAUCCUCGAGUACGAACUACCGGCCCUGGCAGCUCACUUCCAGGAGAUCGGUAUCGACGCGCAGAUGUACGCGGUCGAUUGGGCAUUGACCCUGUUUACAAGAAGCUUGCCGCUGGACCUAGCGUUGCGUAUUUGGGACGUCUACGUGCUGCUGGGCACGCCCUUCUUCUUCCAGGCCAGCAUGGGUCUUCUGUCGCUCUUCCAGGACUCGCUGCUGGCGAUGGAGGCGGAAGACAUCAUGAGGCUGCUGCACAACUUCCCCAAGAACACGUCAUCGCGGCAGCUCUUCGAGGCGAUUUCGUCCGUGAGCCUCUCGUGCCAGGAGAUCACCGAGCUGCUGGCCGGGGGCAAGCUCUGGUCGCCCGACGAGGCUCGCCAGGUGCCGGUCAAGUUUCCCGAGACCUACGAGUGA